UAGCAAACUUGCCGCUGGUUUAUAUCUUUCUGAUUGAAAAAAUUUUCAUUGGCUGGCAGCCAACGAUGACGCGCAAUGUCACGUGACCGACUUCUCAUGUUGACAAAAAAAAAAAAAAAAAAAAGUACACAUAACACUCACUGGUCCAUAGAAGUGAAAUAAUAAUAAAAAAAAAAUAUGCCAGCAGGUUACGCCAACAGUUUAUCACAUAAAAGAGAUCACGCGCCAAAAAGAAAAAGAUCUAGAAGUAGAAGUGGAGGAGUGGAUGGCAAAGACGAUUUAAAUUAUGUUGAUGAGGACAGUGAUUUAUCUUCUGGAGAUGAUGGAGUUAAUACGAGCGAUAUUGAUUUUCAUGCCCAAUUGAAUGAUGGACAACAUCAUACUAGAAAGCGAGGUAGACCAAAGUCACAUCAAUCAUCAAGAGAAGAACGUGGUAAAUCUGCUUCGGCUGCCUCUUCGAUAUCAUUAGCUGGGCCUUACACACCUCCCUCCAAUCCCAGUGGUUAUGUCAGUGACUAUGAUGAAACUGGCGAAACCAAGGUCGACAAGUAUGGUAGAUUAUUAGGAGGUCGUGAAUAUCGUGUUCCUACCUUUAAAUUGCCUACUCGAGAUGAAACACUAUUCAUGUUCUCUAAGGAUCCAGCAGCAUUAUUAGGAUUUCGUGAUAGCUUUGUGUUUUUAAAAAAGAAUGUAAAGCUUUUAAAGGUUCAUAUUGAUAAUGUCGAGAAGGGUUUCUUGGUGGACUCGAAUUUAUUACGAUCGACAUUUCGUACACGUGAAAUAUCAGUUGUUACAGCCAGAUCCGUAUUCAAACAAUUUGGACAUCGCAUUGUUCGAAAGGGACGUAAAGGUAGAGAUGACUAUCAUUAUACAGAAGAAGCAGAUGAAGGAGAAGAAGAACAAUCUGAAGAGGAACCUGUUAUAAAGGAAGUAGUUGAAAAACCAGUGCCUGCCUCCACUUUUCUACCUCAACCAGUACUUGUGGGUAAAAACAAUUUGGCUCAUAAAUUAACAGCGCAAGAUACAAUUGUCAAUGAUUUAAACUGGAUGCACAAUGCAGCUGUUUCUGCCCGACAAUUUAAUACUUCGCUAUUUUCUUAUCGUCGUUCCAAUCCAACCAAUUAUGAUUUACUAACCAACGUAUAUCAAAUACCUGAAAAUAAGCAAACCCUUCGUGAUACUGGAUUAACGAUGCCUGAGAAGAAGGAUUUUAAUGAAGCUGAUACCCUUGAAAAUACUGGUUUAAUAAUGGAUAAAUACGAAUUGGAUAACAUCCGUUAAUUCUAUACAUCUUUUUUUUAUUAUUAUUAUUACUAUAUUUACUCUUUUUCAUUCUUUUUUUUUGCUUUUUUUUUUUUAUCACUACAAUCCCAAUGUUUUUCUAGCAUUUUCACGAACAAUUUCAUUAUAACGUUCACGAUCUGUUCUCCAAAUUUUCUACACAUUUAA